UUGUUACACUUGUUUUUAUUUCUUCCGUUCAUAACGUAAGUGCUACUCUCUCUCUUUACAGCACCACGAAGCGAAUCUUCACCAAGGCAGCAGCGACGCUCCUCUCAACGGCGGUUCCAGCCAGCGGCGCGACCCUCCCAUCGGCGGCGGUCCACAACCAGCGGCGCUCCUAAAGCGGUGGUCUCCAACAACAGCGCAACCCUAGCAGUAGCUGCGAUCCUCCUCAGCGGCGCGGCGCUUCCCUCACUCCCCAGCCAGUGGCGCGACGCUUCCUCCCUCCCUGUCUCCCAGCCAGUGGAAGGGUUUGUUUUUUCUUUAUGAAUUUUUCACGCUUCCCUAUCAUCCAAGAGUAGGGAUUUAGGUUUUUGACGGAAAUGGUUUACCUGAUCUUGUGGGUUGUUAGCAUCUGCUUGCCACCAAAGUAAUAAGAUGACCGCGGUGGAAAAACUGGGAAUAAAUUUUAGACUUCAGUUCUUCAUCAAGAGGACAAGAAUAUACAGCCCACAUUUCCAAAGCGGCAGCUGGACCUAUUGUCAUUCCAAACAUCAAAGUGAAAUCCCACACUGCCUUUGUUAUAAACCUGGCGUUGUCUUUUUAUGUUUACUAAUAUUAUAAAAAUAUUAGAUUUUGAAGUCUGAUACUUAAUCCUUCGAGCUAAAACUGAACGGAUUGAGUAUUUUUCUGCUCGCACAUUCAUGUUCCAGCCUUCUUGUUUUGUGCAAUUGUCGUUCAUUUUUCAUCCUUCGUUGAAAGUUGCACUGUGAUUGUCCACCGUUUUCUGGUUUCUCUUUGGCUGAGUUUCGCUCAUCUCUGAAGAAAUAUGGCUGCCAAUUUCUGGACAUCAUCUCAUUACAAGCAUCUUCUGGACCAGGAAGAUGUGGAUAUGGUGAAUACACUUGACAAGGAAAAGGGUAUCACACUGGAGGAUUUUAAGCUCAUUAAGAUGCAUAUGGCCAGUUAUAUUUUGAAAUUGGCACAACAAGUAAAAGUGAGACAGAGGGUUGUGGCCACAGCAGUUACAUACAUGAGGCGUGUUUACACCAAGAAGAGUAUGACAGAAUAUGAUCCACGCUUGGUAGCUCCAACAUGCUUGUACCUGGCAUCAAAAGCAGAAGAAAGCACAGUGCAAGCUCGGCUUCUUGUAUUUUACAUUAAAAAGCUAUAUGCUGAUGAGAAGUAUAGAUAUGAAAUCAAGGACAUACUUGAAAUGGAAAUGAAGGUUUUAGAAGCUCUUAAUUAUUACCUGGUUGUAUACCACCCAUACCGUUCACUAUCUCCGUUGCUUCAGGAUGCUGGUUUGAAUGAUCUAAACAUGACUCAGUUAACUUGGGGCCUUGUAAAUGACACAUACAAGAUGGACCUAAUUCUUGUACAUCCUCCGCAUUUGAUUGCUUUAGCUUGCAUAUAUAUUGCUAGUGUACUUAGGGAUAAAGACACCACUGCUUGGUUUGAAGAACUUCGUGUUGACAUGAACGUGGUCAAAAACAUAUCAAUGGAGAUACUUGAUUUUUAUGAAAGCCAUAGAAUGUUCACUGAGGAAAGAAUCAAUGCUGCUCUCCAGAAGUUGACCUUGAGACCCUAAAAGCUUUACUUGAGGUGAUGAGUCAAUGCUGAAUAUGUGGAAUGAAAUUAUACUGUCUGGUCUUGAAUGAUUUUGACAUGUUUUGCGGUAGAACGCUUUCAAAAUGUAUCCAAUAGUAAGGGCACAUAAUAUGGGGUUAAUUCAAAGGGAGUGAUGUAAAGGCAAUAUUUCUUGGUUCAGAGAAUCUUUAGUUUUAUCUAUUUACUGCGUCAUAACUUGAUUGCACUAAACAACCUAUAAUUUUAUUUUAUUUUGCAUA